ACUGCCUUGUUUGUUCACUCUGCUGCUGGAGCUUCACCUCUCGCGCUCUAUAACUGACGCAUGCCCACAGCCUCGCUCCUCCUCUUGCGCGCGGUCCCCAUGGUAACGCGCGGAGGAGAGAGGCAGCUUAGCAACACCGAGACCGGAGGAGAGAGCAUCUCUUGGUCCAGACAGCGCGGAGCCAUCAAUACUACACACACACACACAGAGAGAGAGAGAGAGAGGGCGACGAGAGGAAACCAUCAGCAGCGCCUCAGGCAAACAGCUCCAGCAGUCGUAAUGAAGUUCGUGGUGGUCCUCGUGGGAGCAGGAACCCUGGCCUUCCUCGGCGCCGUCAUCUGUAUCAUCGCUAGUGUUUACCCCAGGAAACGCGCCGCGCCUCUCAGCGACAACGGAACCCUGACAUCCGAGACCCUCCUCGAUCCGCUGGAGCCCGGAUCCGUGGCUCACGCGGGCCCCCUGGGCGCCCUGCACGGCUCCGAGUCCUUCGGAGGAGGGAACGGACUCGGUGGCAUCGGACUGGAGGUUCCCACUUUGAACGAGCUCAACAACCUAGGGGAAGAAACAGGAGGAGGGUCCCCGAAACAGUUCAGCUUCAGCCGGUUGAUCUGUACACCUGUACCUGUAGGAGAGUGCAACACGAAGGAUCUGAGGCAGAGGAGAGAGCAGCAGCAGCAGCAGCAGGCGGACGACCCGUACGCAGGAGGGGAUGAAGACUGGACUUAUCUCCGGACCACCGCGGAUGAGCUUCGGCAGACGGUCCUGCAGCAGAACGACCAAAUCCUCAUGGACCACAGGACCAUCCGGGAGCUCACGGGGAAGCUGAGUGAGUGUGAGAGCGGCCUGGAGGACGAGAGGAACGUCCCGGAGAGGAGCAUCGGGGUGUGGAGCGGUAACCGGCGCGUCAUGGCCGGGGAUGAUGUGAGCUCCUCCACCGCGGCGCAGCUGCAGACGGCGCGGGCUGUGGAGGAGCUGGCACGGGCCAUCAUGGACCUGAAAGACCGCAUUGAGAAACUCGAGGCAGAGAUUGGCCCUGCUGCCUUGAACCUCACAGAUACACCUUCAGGUACUACAGGCAGCAGCAGCAGCAGUGGGAGCAGCGGCGGCAGCAGCAGCAGCCCGGUUGGAAACACAGUCAAAGCUCCAGCUCCACCCACCGGCAGUGCUUCCUCCCCACCUGUGGCGGCACCUCCAGGAGGCCGCCGUCCUGCCUCCCCCGCUUCUCCUGCUCCCAAGCCCCCAUCUAAGGCCUCCCCCGGGCGUGGAAAGGGCACCUGGAGGGUGGAGGACCUGGAGGGGGAGCUGGAGCGGAAGAUAAAGAUGCUGGAGAAGGAGCGUCAAGCCAUGAGGAAGGAGACGCAGGGCCAACACGAGAAGAUCAACCAGGGCAUCGACACCGUCAACCAUCGCGUCACUGAGCUGGAACACACGCUGACAGAGCCGUCUUUCCCCGAUGGCUUCGUCCUCUCUUUCCCCAUGAGGACCAACUACAUGUACGGUCUGGUGAGGAAAGAGAUUACAGAGAUGUACGCGUUCACUGCCUGCGUGUGGUUGAAGGCUAAAGAAGGGGGCAUUGGCACCCCCUUUUCAUACUCAGUGCCUGGGCAGCCUAACGAGCUGGUGCUGCUGCAGGGAGUCCACAACCCUGUGGAGCUGCUCAUCAACGACAAGGUGGCACAGCUGCCUCUGUCCCUGCCGCAGGACCAGUGGCAGCACAUCUGUGUCAGCUGGACCCUGAGGGACGGGGUGUGGAAGGCCUACCAAGGGGGGAAGAUGAAGGGGAGGGGAGAGGGACUGGCUGCCUGGCAUCCCAUCAAACCAGGAGGAGUCCUCAUACUGGGACAGGAACAGGAUACAUUGGGCGGGCACUUUGAUGCCUCUCAGGCCCUGGUCGGGGAGCUUUCCCAGUUCAACCUGUGGGAUCGGGUGCUGAAGCCGGCAGAGGUGGCCGCCCUGUCUGAAUGCAGCUCCUCAGCGCUGGGAAACAUCGCCCCCUGGACUGACCUUGAUGUAGACGUCUACGGCGGUGCCACGAAGGAGUCCUUGGACCCGUGCCAUGCUGCUCAGAGAUCCAACCCCUCCAGCUCCAAACAGUGAAGGGUUUACUGAGGGAGGUCAGCUAACAAUGGUUGUGUUUCAUAGAUCAGUUUAGGAGACAUUUAGAAGAUGUAUAAUGACGUAUCACAUUGGGGUUUACAGUACAUUUGCUGGGGAUGGGAAGCUUGCUGGUGGACAGAAUUGUGUCACAGAGCUAAUAAGCUGUAAGGAAAGUUCUAUCUGUUUUGUUUGUUAGUGUUGGUGUCCACACUGUAGGUUAAGCCACAGAAUCACCUUAGUUAAGGCUGCAUGGGUGGAUCAACUUGUGUCAUGCACUGGACUUAAUGGAAGACUAUGAAGGUAGAUCAACUGAUUAGGUAUCACACUGGAUUAGGUAAUGAUCUGUGGUUCAAGUCAACCAAAAAUGGGAAUCAGGCAGUGAGCUUUGAGGGAUUUGAGACAUUUGUGAACUGAACCUUUAAAGAACCCGAAUCUAAGGGUUUCUCAACAGAGUGACACAGCGUACGUGUGUCCAGCGGGUCGGGUUUAACUCUAAAACUGAGAUGUGAUCAUGGUUGUAUUGAUUUCAACACUUAAUGGGUAACAAAAAAGUUUUGUUGUAACUGUAAAUGAUCCUGUUGAGAAAUGUCUGUGUACUUUUGAUUUUUUUUUUUUUACAUUGCUUACCAUGAUGUGGUAAACCAGUGGUCUUAUAAAUGUAUAUUGUGUAUCGUAUCUUUACUAAUGUUGCUCUGUGCCAGUCUGCUCCACAUGCUGUAGCCUCAAACACUCACAGUCAUACAAAGCUGAGUUGUGCAGCAUAUUUGUUUGCAACUUAGACUAAGGAGUGCUCCCAACCGACUUCUGGAAUAAACACUUGAUGUACAUCCAAGCACCAUUCAAACACUUAAACUGUGACAAACCUGAGAGAGUUUUAAAACUUGUGUUUUCUGCUGGAGUAUGAACCAGAUGGAGUGUAAAUGUAUUUGCAUGAGCAAAGUCACCCUGUCAAAGAAACAAGCUUUAAAUGUAUAAACUACAGGGUUUGUGUCCCCAAACUAUCUCACACCCUGAAGCACAGACGUCUCUGUGGUGAAUCAGAGCCUCACAGAAUACUCGACAGGGGGGAGGUUGUUGGAAUGUGUUGAUUCUUACACUGAACAUUGGACUUGCUAUUGUGAAGAGGUACAAAAAUAUAGUUUUACAGUCGUUCUCCCUGCUAACAAAAGAACAAAUAUAAAAUGCACAUGAAUAAAUAAAAGGGUAAAACUUAAGGUGCGUUUGCAGUGCAGUGUUACCUUCCCCCAGCUCGGAUGCUGAUUUUAUUUGGUUCUGUUUGUGUUAACGCAAAGUGGGAUUGAAGAUGUUAUACAAGGAAAAAACGGAACAAAUGUCUUUACAGAAGUGUAAUAUUGUGCUCUCAAUUUAUGUCAGAGGCAGAAAAAUGUAGUUAAGGUAGCAUAAAGUAAGGAUUAUUGCCAAUCACCUUGAAUUAUAGACUUCUCCGGCAAGAGGAAUUUAAAGUAGCCUCACAAGGGGCUUUUUCAAAAGACAUUACAGAGUAAGACAUUUUGCAAGUACAAGGUAUCUAGAGCACAAAAGUAAUGCACAGAAUAAGAAUGCAAUAAAAAAGUUUUCUCUACGUCUGAUGAAAGGCAAGGUACAGAUGGUGAAAUCAAAAGUUGCAUUUCCACCUGAAGUAUUUCUCAAUUUUAGACGCAGGAACUUCUUUUAGACAAAAAAAAAGGCUCAUAUUGCCUUAAAGCUGCUGUUGGUAGUCACAGAGUAAACAUCUGUUCAGAGAGAGAGAGACCUCGAAUGUCAACACGAUCCCUCCCAACCAGAUUUCCUCUUAGCCCCCCAACACAGAUCGGCAUAUGCAGUCAUGAUAGUGCCGGACUCAUAGGGGCCGCCCCUUAACCAAUCAGGACAGAGGAUUGGAGAUUAGCUAUGAUUGGUCCGUCAUAACUGGAACAAGGGGAAUAAUAACAUUGCUUGAUACAAAGGCAUUGGAAAACACCGAGAUUUCGCAAUAGUCUCAAUUUGCUCCACUUACUGAUGAGCACCGAUGAUCAUUCUGACCUUUUCUCCAAACCCAGCAGAAAAUAAGUAACGUUUUUCACACCAUUCCUACCAACAGCAGCUUUAAAAUGCUGCUAUGUCACUGAGCUCAAUACCUGCUUAGACCGGGCAAAGUAGCUAAUGUGUAAACAGCACUGUCCAUUCUAACCUGUCACUUGUGCUCUAGACUCAUGACUCCCCUAGGCCUAAAUGUAGUCUAGCACUAGAACCCUAGUUCCUGUGCUGGAAACACAUUGAGGUUGCUUUCACACCUAGCUUGUUUUGCUCUGAUUUGGAGGAUAGCAUGAUUUGUUGUAGUAUUUUUUCACUUGGGUCAUUUGGUGUUCACUCUGCAAUAUUGUUGAGCGGGCCAAAGCACACUCCAUUGCAGGACUGUCUUAGGUAAACUAAUGUGAUGCGUAGUGGUCACAAUGGAUGCUAACUAAUGUAAGCCAGUUCACAGGACAACAAUAUGAGUCAAGGGUUGGCUUGUAGCAGCGAGGAGGUCAAAUACUUCAUCAACAUUUGAGCUGAUGGGCAUAUUUGUGAAAUGUUGGACACCACCAAGACGAGCCCUGUCCUAUGUUUCCACUAGUGCUGGGCGAUACUACACUUUUAUGAUUCAAUAUGAUACUGAUUACUUUUUUGGCAAUUUAUUUAAUACCCGAUGCUGAUACUUCAGUGAUUUAUUUUUUUUAAUAAAAUGCAAGCCCUGAAAGACAAGUCCCAUGACAAAUACUGUUAAUUUAAAAAGUUUAAUAAGCAAAUCCUUUGCUGGCCUUUUUUAAACAAUGAAAUAAAUUUAGAAAAACACAUAAAUAAUACAUAAUCAACAUCCUCUAUUUAAAUUCUCUGAGUGGAAAGCUGAAAACAGCCUCUUCACCAUGACUACUGUUAAAAUGACACUGGGAUCAUGAUUUCUCUGAAUUUGUCGGGUCAAAACUUUGGAGUAAGUUACCCUGAAAGAAUCAGAGGUGACAUGCUUUUAUUUCCCAUGUAUUAAUUAGUAUCAAUAUUUUAUUAAAGUAAUCAAUACUCAAAUGAGUAGCGUGUAAAUCUCAAUAUAUCGAUACCACAGAAUCGAUGCGCCCACCACUAGUUGCCACCUGUAGCUCUUCUACUGAUGUUUAACUGGAUGGAGGCUGUGAGUAACUUUAGCCUAUCACUUUUUUUUAAAUGCUACUCCAACUCCUCCAAAUGACCCAGGUGUGAAAGCACCCCAAGUUUCCCAAAGGGUUCCAGGUCCUGGAGUAAAGGUCCUAAAGUGGAAACUAACACAAAGGGAAUGAUCAAAGAAACUGCAUGGUUCGAGCAGAAUGGGGCACCUACUGUAAGGGGUGAGGGUUCGGUUCCCACCACACUAAACACGUGUCCAGUCAACACUGUGCAGUAAAGUCAAAUACAGUCUGUGUAUUCUGUCCACAUGUUACCUCAAGAAAUCAACCCCCCACAUGCAAUUUGACACCCAUUUGUAAAGUGCCUGCCUGGGCUCCAACGCCCACCGAUGAUAGUGAGAUGUUUUUAUGUUUCUUUCUGUGUUGUCUCUUUCUUCUCCUUCUUUCUGUCUCACUCUCUCUCUCUCUCUCUUUCUGUCUCUCUUGCUCUUGGUUGUUGAAGGCUGUGAAAGUGUUGCGCUUGUCCUUAUUUGCAUCUUCAUGGAACUUCUAUGAUAUUGUGAAAUAGAUGGAUUGAAAAAAAUAAAAAAUAAAAUGGUUAUGACAA